UUCAGUUAGCGGGCUUAGUAACGAGACUAAGAGAGCGCGUUGCAUUGUCCUAAGAGCUAAAAUGAUGUGGAACAUUCGUUUUUUAAAAGAAAAACGUUUCACAAUUUUAAAUGUCUUCAAUUUCCUUGAGGAUCCAAGAUACCCUUUAGUAGGCCCACAUCUCCGCUUGCUUGGGCUCACGGGGCUCUGGCACCCGAACCUCAAUUCCAAGACCCGAUUCAAGCAAUACCUGUUCUUCAUUACCAUCGCCUUUUUCUUUAGUCAAUACGUCAAAUGUGCCGUGAAACUCGAACCUAGUUCUCUCAUGCUCAUUCUGCAAUACGCGCCUUUCCACUUAGGCAUCAUCAAGUCAUGUUUCUUUCAAAAGGACCAUAAGAAGUGGGAAAGCCUCAUAGACUACAUAUCAGGCGUGGAACGCAAGGAAAUAGCCAACGGGAACAAAGAUAGUAACGACAUUAUCUCGGAAUACAUCAGUCGCAGUCGAAAAGUGACUUACUUCUUCUGGGCGUUGGCAUUCUUUUCAAAUUUCACUAUUUUUACGGAGCCAUACCAAAAGAACCAAAUAAAUGUGAAUGGUACAAGUGUUUAUUUAAAAAUAUUUGAUGGGUACACUCCAUUCAGCGAAGUGCCUCCAGGGUACUACGCGUCUAUGCUCACGCAGACUGUACUUGGGCACAUCGUAAGUGCCUACGUGGUAGGAUGGGAUACCUUAGUUUGUACUAUCAUGAUUUUCUUCGCUGGGCAGCUCAAGAUAUCUCGUUUGAAUUGUGCCAAUGUUAUUGAUAUUAAUAAUACUGAAAGAAGUCACAAAAAUAUUGUAAAUUGCCAUAGUUUCCACACAAUCCUUGUAAAAAACCAGAAGCUGUUCAACUCCUUGAUAUCACCUGCAAUGUUUGUUUAUUUAAUAGUAAUUUCUGUGAACCUCGGAGUUUGCAUUAUAGGCAUCGUACAGUUGCAAGACGAUUUAACGACGCUCAUCUCUAGCUGCGUAUUUGUGAUGGCGUGCCUAAUACAACUUCUGCUUUUCUAUUGGCACAGCAAUGAGGUUACAGAAGAAAGUACCCUAGUGAGCUACGGCUCCUUUGAAUGCGACUGGGUGGAGCUGGACCAACGGUUCAAGAAGGAAGUGGCGCUGCUGGGAAUGGCCACCCGGACCAGGCUGGUCUUCAAGGCUGGGCCGUUCAACGAGAUGUCACUUACCACCUUCAUAGCGAUCCUGCGAUUAAGCUGCAGCUUCUACACACUUCUUAGUAAAACUAUGUGAUUACUUGCUAGUAAAACCUAGUAGAAUUUCAUUUAAAUACUUACCCGGAAGAAUUUCAUGAAUAAGUUGCGGUAAACCUUGUAUUUUCCA